CUUCUCUUUUUUUUCUUUUCUUCUUUCCCACCUCAUCUCCCUCAUAAUUUCCAUCCAUAUCUGCCAUCAUGAACGCUUCUGAUCCGGUCGAUGUGACCGAGAUCGCCAAAGCACGCGCCACCAUGACCGACAGCAAAGAGAUCUCUGUUCAGCGCCAGCGAUCGUCCAGUCCCAGCAUCGAGGAGAUCCCUGCCUCCAAGGAGAUUGCCGUGGCCGAGGUGACGCCGGUGGAUGACGAUCUCGACUCGAAGAAGACGUACCCCACUGACGAUGAUCUGCGUACGCUGCGUCGCGUCGCAGGCAAGAUCCCUUGGACGGCCUACACUGUAGCGUUUGUCGAGCUCUGCGAGCGUUUCUCCUACUACGGCACCACGGCGGUCUUUGUCAACUUCCUCCAGCGUCCUCUGCCCGAUGGUUCCACCACCGGUGCGGGUGGGGAUGAUGGCAUCCCAGGCGCCCUGGGCUUGGGUCAACAGGCCUCGACUGGCUUGACCUUGUUCAAUGCCUUCUGGGCCUACAUCAUGCCCCUGGUAGGUGCCUACAUGGCCGAUCAGUACUGGGGCCGAUUCCGCACCAUCAUGUUCUCGAUCGGCGUCGCUCUCGUCGGUCACAGCAUCCUGAUCGUCUCCGCCAUUCCCGCCGUCAUCGCGCACCCCGGCGGCUCGGUCGCGUGUUUCUCGAUUGGUCUGAUCAUCAUGGGCAUGGGCACGGGCGGUUUCAAGUCCAACAUCUCCCCCCUGAUCGCCGAGCAGUACCGCGAGGAUACACCCUACAUUCAGACCCUGGAGUCCGGCGAGCGCGUCAUCAUCGAUCCCGCCGCUACCGUCUCUCGCAUCUACCUGUACUUCUACUUGAUGGUCAACACUGGCUCUCUCGCCGGCCAGGUCAGCAUGGUCUACGCCGAGCGCUACGUCGGCUUCUGGCUGUCGUACCUGCUGCCUACCAUCAUGUUCCUCUGGUGCCCUAUCGUGCUCUUCCUCUGCCGUAACAAGUAUCACUUUGUGAAGCCGACGGGGUCGGUGUAUCUGCAGGCCUUCCGCCUGUGGAAGAUGGCGAUGAAGGGACGCUGGUCGCUGAACCCAGCCCGAAUGUUCAAGAAGAAUGACCGUCCGUUCUGGGACGGGGUCAAGCCGUCCGCACUUGGCGCCAACCGCCCGGAGUGGAUGACGUUUGACGAUGAAUGGGUGGACGAGGUCGCUCGUGGCCUCAAAGCCUGCAAGGUCUUCCUGUGGUACCCUCUGUAUUGGCUGGCCUACAACCAAAUGUUGAACAACCUCACCUCCCAAGCGGCUACAAUGCGUCUCGGCGGCGUCCCCAACGACAUCAUCAACAACCUCAACCCCCUCGCCCUCAUCAUCUUCAUCCCCAUCAUGGACCGCCUCGUCUACCCGGGCCUCCGCCGGAUCGGCUUCCAAUUCACGCCCGUCAAGCGCAUCACAGCCGGGUUCUUCUUCGCAGGCACGUCCAUGAUCGCAGCAACAGUCACCCAACACUACAUCUACAAGCUCGGCGACUGCGGCAAGGAGGCCAACUUUUGUCUCGACAAGCACAAGAAGUACUCCCCCAUCUCCGUCUGGGUCCAGGCUCUUACCUACGUGCUGGGCGGUAUCUCUGAGAUCUUCGCCUCGGUCACCUCCCUCGAGUAUGCCUUCACCAAGGCCCCCCGUAACAUGCGCUCUCUCAUCCAGGCUGUCGCGCUCUUCAUGAAUGCUUUCUCCUCGGCCAUCGGCCAGGCCUUCGUUGGUCUUGCGGAGGACCCCCUACUGGAGUGGAACUAUGCCGUCGUGGCUAUUCUGGCUUUCAUUGGCGGCGUGGGCUUCUGGUCGACGAACUAUAAGCUUGAUCGCCAGGAGGAUGAGCUCAACCAUCUCCCUCAGAGCCAGUACCAGGGGAAGCAGCCUAACGUCGAUGAGGAAGGGAAGGCUUGACUGGGUGUAGUUUCGUCUUGAAGUGCUGUCGCGCAUGAUUUGUCUAUCCUUGAAUCGCACGUGUAGUCAAAAUAUGACCAGUUGUUGAAUACUUCGCGUAUCUCUACUAUUUCAAAGGAAGGAAGUUGCAAUAGUAAAAGGUUCAAUAGCAAAG